CGCUUUACAUAACGUCUCUAGUCUUCAUCUGAUUUCGCAUUUCCCUACUUAUUAUUGCUUUCAAUUUUCUCGUCUCGUACGGCCGUAGAUCACACGGAAAGCGAACAAAAGUUGCACGGAUUUCAUUAAGGAGGUGAAGAAGAAGAAGUGAAUCCAUGGCGGUUGAAGAGCGCGCUCCGUCUAGGCUUGAGGGGAAGUAUAUUGCAGUGGUAGUGUGUUGGCUUCUGGGGAAUGGGUGCCUCUUUUCUUGGAACAGUAUGUUAACAAUUGGGGAUUAUUAUGGUUACUUGUUUCCGAAGUACCACCCUUCAAGGGUCCUGACCCUUGUUUAUCAACCCUUUGCUCUUGGGACAAUCGCAAUACUAGCAUACCAUGAGGCAAAAAUUGACACCAGAAAACGCAUUCUCUUUGGAUAUUCCCUUUUCUUCAUCAGCACUUUUCUAGUUCUUGUUAUAGAUUUGGCCACGUCUGGUAGGGGAGGAAUCGGAACAUACAUUGGGAUAUGCACGAUUAGUGGUGCUUUUGGUAUUGCAGAUGCUCAUGUUCAGGGUGGAAUGGUUGGCGAUCUUUCAUUUAUGUUACCUGAUUUGGUUCAGUCUUUUCUUGCUGGUUCGGCUGCUUCAGGCGCUUUGACAUCUGGGUUGAGGUUAAUUACCAAAGCAAUUUUUGACAAUUCUAAAGAUGGUUUACGUAAAGGAGCCAUUCUGUUCUUUUCAAUCUGUACAGUCUUUGAGCUUCUUUGUGUCCUUCUCUAUGCACUUGUCUUCCCUAAGUUAGCGAUUGUAAAAUAUUAUCACAACAAAGCAGCUUCAGAGGGUUCAAAGACUGUUGCUGCAAAUCUCGCUGCUGGUGGUGUUAUGAUAGAGACCCCGAAUGACCCUAUGCUGCAGGCGAAUCGACUAAGCAUCAAAGAGUUAUUGAUGCAGAACAUAGAUUAUGCACUCGGUAUCUUCAUGAUAUAUGUAUUGACAUUGUCGAUUUUUCCUGGAUUCUUAUCGGAGGACACUGGAUCCCACGGCUUAGGGUCAUGGUAUGCUCUUGUCCUGAUAGCUAUGUAUAAUGUGUGGGAUCUGAUAGGGAGAUAUUUGCCACUCCUGAAAUGGGUAAAGCUUGAAUCAAGAAAGGGGAUUAUGGUGGGCAUCCUCUUGCGCUACAUGCUCAUCCCAGCUUUCUACUUCACGGCCAAAUAUGGUGACCAGGGAUGGAUGAUUAUGUUGACCUCCUUCUUGGGCGUAACCAAUGGCUACCUAACUGUCUGUGUCUUCACUUCUGCUCCAAAGGGGUACAAGGGGCCAGAACAAAAUGCAUUGGGGAAUAUACUAGUGUUGUUCCUUCUAGGAGGCAUAUUUGCUGGUGUCACUCUCGAUUGGUUGUGGCUCAUCGGUAAAGGGUGGUGAAGAGGCAUGUUUUGGGUUAUUAAAUGUAGAUACUUAUAUUCUUUUGAGCAAUUAUAGUUCGACUACAGAAGAUCAAAUUUGCUUUAGAGUGUAAAUGUUUCAUAAUUUUUUUAU